CAAGUUUCAGUUUUUUUUACAUCUGUCAAAAAGCCGUUCGUAUGCUCUAUUGAUGGGUGUCGAAUUUCUGUAAAAAAUAUAUUUUGUCGGCUUUCUUUGUGGUUUAACAUCUUUCCCGUCAACUGAAAAUGGUUUAAUUACAAUCCUGUGCUAAAAAUUAACUUUUUUGACUGUGCGGUGACUAUCGUAAAGUUGUAAACAAAUCCAAAAUGUCCGUUCCCAGCACUGGAUUGAGCAAGUUGAAGAAGAAACACAUUCGUGUGAAACAUCAAAAAGUGAAAUUGUUCCGUGCUAAUGAACCGUUACUGUCCGUUUUUAUGUGGGGUGUGAAUCACACGAUAAACGAGCUAAGUCAUGUCUCUAUACCAGUCAUGCUGCUGCCUGAUGAUUUCAGAGCUUACUCCAAGCUCAAAGUUGAUAACCACUUAUUUAACAAAGAAAACAUGCCAUCCCAUUUCAAGGUGAAGGAGUACUGUCCACUUGUGUUCAGAAACCUGCGCGAGCGCUUCGGAAUCGACGACCUGGACUACAAAGAGUCACUCACAAGGUUUAGAAAGCCAGAUAACUACCUAUGCUCGCGGGUGCAGAAGAGGUUUACCAGUAACCUGAGGCGGUCGGCCACCGUCCCUACCGGGGUGGGCAGCGUGAAAAGCGACCACCACGACAGCAUAUUCCACGACGCGAGCGCGUUUGUCAAACGCGGCCUGACGAUCAAACGGCUGAGAUCUCAGCCGAUCCCCGACGAGUCGUCCGGCAAGUCGGGCGCCAAGUUCUAUCAGAGCUACGACCGGCUGUUCAUCUUGAAGACCCUCACGUCAGAGGAGGUGGAACGGAUGCAUUCCUUCCUCAAGCAUUAUCAUCCGUACAUAGUUGAGCGGCACGGCAAGACAUUGCUGCCGCAGUACCUGGGCAUGUACCGGCUGACGGUGGACGGCAUCGAGCACUACCUCGUCGCCACCAGGAAUGUGUUCUCCAACCACCUCAACAUACACAGGAAGUACGACCUGAAAGGGUCGACGGUGGACCGUGAGGCUUCUGAGAAGGAGCUGGAAAAGGAACUGCCGACGCUCAAAGACAACGACUUCAUCAAGCACGGCGUGCGCAUCGACAUCGGCGAGGCCGCCAAGGAGAAACUGCUUGAGACUCUUACUGCCGAUGUUGAGUUCCUAACGAAGCUGCACCUGAUGGACUACUCGCUGCUGCUGGGCAUGCACGAGUGCGGGCGCGGCGAGGCGGAGGCCGAGGCGGCGCGCGCGCAGCUGCGGGACUCCGACUGCAACGACUCCGACUCCGACUCCGACACCGACAACAGGCAUGGCGAGAGGUGGGGCUACAACACGCCCCCGGACAGCCCGCGCGGGCUGGCGCGGCAGUGCUCGCUGCGCUACGAGGGCAUCAUCCCCGAGCUGGACAUCUACGCCAUACCCAGCCAGGAGGGUGCGGCCAAGAAAGAGAUAUAUUUCGUUGCGUUGAUUGACGUCCUCACGCAUUAUGGUGUAAAGAAACAGGCGGCGAAAGCGGCGAAGACAGUGAAAUACGGGAGCAAUGUGGACGGGAUAUCUACAUGUGACCCCGAACAAUACGGCAAGAGGUUCAUAGAGUUCGUCGCCAAGGCCAUCGACGGCAACUAAACGGUUACACGGAUGCUUCUUUUAGUACCACCCAACCAAGGUACAUACAUGGUACGGUCACGAGCAUUAAUAUGUAUACACUUUGGUACCAUGUCACAUUAACUUUUUUGACAAAUUGAACUGUAAGUCUCACUAAAUGUCAAACAUGUUAGUGCGACAGAGUCCUAAAGUGGGUACAUUAUAUUAUUCAUGACUGUAUGAGCACAUUUAGGGAUUUAUACCUUAACUUCAGUACCACCCAACCAAGGUAAAUAUUCGUUACAUGUGAGAAUUUAUACCUUAAGUACCACCCAACUAAGGUACAUACUUGGUACAUGUAGGGAUUUAUACCUAAACUUCAGUACCAUCCAACCAAGGUACGCAUUUGGUACAUGUAGGGUUUUGUACCUAAACUCCAGUACCACCCAGCCAAGGUACAUACUUGGUAGAUCUAGGGUUUUAUACCUAAACUCCAGUACCAUCUAACCAAGGGACAAGGUACAUACAUGUUACAUGUAGAUAUCUAAAUUGACGAGAGGUUAUAUGCCCGAUGUAACAUUUGACAUGACAUACAUACAUGAACUCACGCCUGUUGUCUUUAAUGGGGUACGGAUAUCAAGAAACUAGAUAAACGUAACCAUAUUUACAAUGCGAUGCGAUUUUGUGGUAUUUGCCAUGGAUGUGCCUCUGACUAUAUAAAAAUAAAAGUGUUUUCAUAGAAAAUCAGGCAAUAAGUUUCCAAAGAGAAAAUACUCCGAACUUAAGGUGACUUAAGACAACCGAAUACCCUUAAAUCCACUUGAAAAUGUACCGUUAGAGUCCGCUAGCAAACAAUAGACUGAUUUCUAGAUUCUCUAGAAUUAUAGUGACGGAAUUGACAGGGUGUUGUAUAUCGUCAUUAGUUCUGCACUGUCCCUAGUUUUCACACUCGCAUAUGGUGAAAGGACAUUCGUUUUUUUUUAAAUAGAUAUGUAAUCCGGGUCAAUGAACUCACGCAAGAGGAUUGUAUAUCCUCCUCGUGAGUUCCUUACCGUACCAGGAAAUGUUCUAGGUAAUCUCCAACUUAAGUACCUUCUUAUUGUAGCAGAACUUUACAUUAAAUAACAUUAAAAUAAUGUACUUUAAAUUAUAACUUGAUCUAUUCUACCACAUUCUAUGUUAUAUGCAUGUUACAUAUAUCUAUAGGUAGUUGAAAAAAUAGGCUACUUGGCAACCUAGUCAAAUGAGAUACUUUUUACGAAACGUCAAAACGAAAGUUUUCUUUGGACUUUGUAUGGAAUUACUGUCCUGUGACGUCAUCAAUAAAAGCGGUCAAACGUCGUACUCACUGUUACUUAAUUCAUAAAUAAAAUUCGUAAAUAAGUCGAAAAGUAAAAUGUGAUUGAUUUUUGAUCGUCUUAGACUGGUUUCUAAUUCUAGAUUAGCAUUUUAUAAUUUAUCUUUGACUCAGUGAAAUAUCCUGUUGAGAAUUGACGAUAUAAUUUUGAUUAGUGUGACUAGAUGUUGUAAUUUACAACUUUAAAGUCGUCAGACCGAAUGUUCUUUUCAAAUCUAAACCGCAUCCAUUGUAACUCAUAUUAUUUUAAUACUUUUUAAGGCAAUGGGGUCGUGUUCUAGGUUCAAUAUAAAUUGUGAAUACUAAAUAAAGACAGAUCUAACGAAAAACAUUUUUUUUUCUAUUUAACUUAUUUAUGAAUUUUAAUCAAGAAUAACGUAAUAAAAAGUCCGACAUUUGAUCACGCUUUUCUAUGACGCCACAGUGUGGUUUUUAAUAUAAUUUCCAUAGUAAUUUUGUGACAUUUAGACAUUUAGUAAAAUUGAUUGAGAGGAGGCCUGUGCCCAGCAGUGGGACGUAUAUAGGCUAUUUAUGUUAUGUUAUGUGUUAUUUAGUAAAAAGUAACUGAUUUGACUAGUGUGAAACUAGCUAAUUCACAGGUAAAAACAUGGCUGAAUGACUGGCGUAAAAAUCACAUCUAAUUUGCGACACGAUGCGAUGUUUAAGUUCACUUCUACUUUAUAUCUAAUAGGCAUUAUUAGGAUAAUCAAAGUUUAAUUAAAACGUAUAUGUAUUGACUUAAAAAUGAAUGUCCUUUUUCUAUAUUAGUUUGCGUACUAAAAGAAGCAUCUAUAAUAUUGUUAUUCUUGUCAAAGACAAGUCGGUUUAAGUGUAAGUACGUCGCGUCUAUGCUUGAAACGCAUAUAAAAUUCAUGUGUUAAUCCUAGAAAGGUUUCAUGAAGUCUGGUAUGCGCGGUGUAACGGAAAAGGCCGUAGUCGGAGAACUAUGCGUAUCUUGAUUAUAAUAUCUAUUAUUUAUCAACCGAAUAAGGAAUUUAAAAUGCAAUUGUUAUAACAGUAACAGAAUAUUUAAAUUAAAUCAAUGCAAUUACAUUUUACGACCAUUUUAACUCGGAUGGUAUGGACAUCUUUAUAAUAAAUAUGGGGUGUUUCACAUAGCAUAAUAUGAUAUGUGUGGGCGUGUAUUUCUCGCGACUACGCGCCUGUGUCGACGUGGACAGUCCCGCUGUUUGUUCUCAAGUUUUCUCAUUAUUAUUCGCUUCGCGUGCGAAUUCCUCACUUUUCAUGUUUAAACACGUUAAGGGUUCGUUUCUACUCUCGUCUUAAAGUUCUUAAACCCAACGAUGUAGGACAUUUUUGUAAUAUAAGGAUAGUUAUGUUCAAACCCGAAAAAGUAAAUUAUCGGAGGAAAUAUUAAAUAUUUUUACAUUAGGAUGGGAGUAUAUAUUACUGUCGGUGUUGGCUGCGGAACUGCUCCGAUACGCAAUCCCGGGAGGAGUUCACGAACUGAUAUUACUAUGAGCACACUAUUGCAAUAAUUUUUCGUAUAAACUCGUUACUAGCUUUUAUAAUGUUCCGCUGUCGCGUAGAUUAGUGAUGACAAAUUAAAUAAAAUGUUAAAUAAAUAUCAUUGAAUUUAAAGUUAGACGUGUUAAUCGGCUGAGUAAUAGUUAAACUCCAAGUAAAGUUUGAUAGGCUGUUGUAUACUAAUAAUAGUACAUUUACGAUUGUGGAAUAUCUAAUAUUAUGUACAGUUGGUAAAGAUACGAGUGUCAGCAGGCGCUGUUGGUGGCCGGCUGUGUCUAGGACGGGCUGCGCUUGGUUACGUGAAGGCAUGGUAUAAGAAAACCAAGUAUGCUCAAGUAUAAAAGUGACAGCUAACAUUUCAAGGUUAGCCCAGUUGACGUCAUCCAACCCCGAGUUGCCAUUUCGUAAAAAAUAAAUUACUCACGAAUCAUAUUUACUUUGCAAGGAAAUGUUGAUUUUGAUUGAUUUUUUUGAUUCAUUUUCAAUAAUAAAAUUUACGUCGUUGGAAUGUUGGAUAUACCAAUUUAAUGGUAACACCACGUCAUCAAAGGGCUAACAAUGGCGGCUUGACAUAGGAUUGAGCGUACCUGGUCUUCUUAUACCAUACGUGAAGGGAUCUCUCGACAGUCGUAUUUCAAGAUCCGUUUCUUAUUUCUUCCCUCAUUCCGAAGGAGUGAGCGUUAAUCAAAUGUUGAAACCUUGACAGUAACCAAGUGCUCGCCAGUAGGUAGGGAUCGAAGGUGAUGAGCGAAAAAAUUAACAUUUUGCCAAUAUACCGAUACCUAGAUCGCUUAGUUUCUGUCUAGCAUAGUAUUUAAAUAGUACGAUGUAAGAUUUUGUUAUUUAUUAUUCUAUUUCGAAUUAAGACUUGGAUUGUUAUCGUCAUUGUGAUUACGCGAAAAAAAAUACUGGCAAUGUUUUCUACUUUACGGAGCAAGUUUUGUCAUCUCUAGGUUGUCAGGCGAAACAAAAUUUCGAAAUUGUUCUAUAAGCUAUUAUUACCUUCUUCGUCUUAUAAUGCCUUUCUUGGAGGUGAUGAAAUAAGCAAUACAUAAAUAAGUAGUUAUACCUUUUACAUAACGUAGGGAAUUGAAACUUAAGUUUCAUUUUUCUCUUUUUAACAUUUGACUAAUUUGAAACUUGUAUUUAAUGUAAAUUAGAAAUCAGUAUUUUCUAUUUGUUCGGAUCCGAAAUUGUAUGUUAUCAAGGAUACGUUUUGUGAUAGAUAUUGUUUACUUUUAGCUGAUAAAUGUAAUAAUUUUACUUAUUUGUAAGUUGAUCACUCCUGUCUCAAUGUUGACGGGAAAUCUAAAUUAGUAAUUUUAUAUUCUUCAUAAAGGUUUGAAGCACUUGUUUUUUAUGAAUUGAUUUGUCACUGACUAAUCUGUAACCAUAUUGGACUGUAUGUAUUUUAAUAACUUUUGUACGUUAAAAGUUAUUAAAGCUUCGUUUUUGUCUUAUAGUAAAUGUCCGAGUUGAAUUGUAAGAAUUAUCUUCUUUUCUUCAGGAGUGAUUACACUGAGACAAAAUCCUGUCUCGUACGUUAUUUACGCGAGUAGAGUCCGCAUUCCGCACGGACAAUGUCCUGAACAAUGUGUUAGUCAGUUAGACGGUUCGAUGUCAUAUGUGUUGCCAUUGUUUAGGUCGGUAAUUGUAUUUUAAUUUUAGUUAGGUUACGUUUUUUUGUUAAUGGUGACGGUGGAAGCCACACACACAUAUAUUUAUUACAGACAGCUUGCUAAAGCAACGGCUAAGCAACACAAUCGAAAGUUAAUUCUCUAGUCUCCUAAUCUUGUAAAGACAAAAGUGUAUGAAAAAUUAAGAACUUAGUUUUUUAAUAUUCGGUUUAUAAAGUUUCUGCAUUACA